AUGGUGAAGGAAGAACAUCCUUGGUGGAUUUUGGAUCCUGAGGACUACCUCGUGCACAUCAAUGUUGGUGGCUUGAGGCACAAACUAUGCUCAAGCAUCCUGAAGAAAUUUCCAGACACCCGCCUUGGCAGACUCUUGUCCUGUGACUCAGAGGAUGCUAUUCUACAGGUCUGUGAUGACUUUGAUGAUCAGCUGAAAGAGUUUUACUUUGACCGGAACCCUGACCUUUUUCCUUAUGUCCUCCACUUUUACCAGACUGGCAAGCUGCAUAUUAUGGAGGAACUGUGCAUUUUUUCAUUCUCUCAGGAGAUAGAGUAUUGGGGCAUAAGUGAAUUCUUUCUGGACAGUUGUUGUAGUUAUCGUUACCUUGAUCGUAAACUGGAGGGCCAUCAUAAAUGCUGGGAUGAGGAGAGUGAUGUGAGCAGUGUGGAUACAUCUGUUGAUGAGAUAUCUGACCUUAACAAGGAUAUACAGCACUUUCAUGAAAUGCGUUUUGGGAACAUUCUUAAGUGUCUGUGGCUAACAUUAGAAAAUCCUGGUUAUUCAAUCCCUAGCAAGCUCUUCAGCUUAAUUUCCAUUUGUGUGGUGUUAAUAUCAGUUGCCACCAUGUGUAUCAAUAGCAUUCCAGAAUACCAGACAUUUGAUGAAAAUGAUAAUCCAGCUGAGGACCCAACGAUGCAAGCUUUAGAAGUUUUCUGCAUCUGCUGGUUUACGUUUGAGGUAGUAACACGUAUGCUUCUUGCUCCAAACCGUCGUAAGUUCUUCCUGCUACCACUAAACUUGAUUGAUAUUGUCUCAGUGAUGCCCAUCUACAUAACUCUUUUUUUUUAUCUGGUCAUUGGGAGUGAGUCAGAGUUGGGCAACUUGGGAAAACUGGUCCAGGUGCUGCGGUUGAUGAGAAUCUUCAGGGUGCUGAAAUUAGCCAGGCAUUCGACAGGUUUAAGAUCACUAGGCGCUACAUUACGGCACAGUUACAGAGAGGUGGGUAUCUUACUGCUGUACCUGGCAGUGGGUGUGUCAGUGUUCUCUGGAAUCGCUUACACUGCAGAAUAUGAGGAAGACGUUGGUAUGGACACAAUCCCAGCUUGCUGGUGGUGGGGCACAGUCAGUAUGACAACAGUGGGAUAUGGAGAUGUAGUGCCAGUGACAGUAGCAGGGAAGCUGGCAGCAUCUGGCUGCAUCCUGGGUGGCACAUUAGUAGUGGCACUACCCAUCACCAUAAUUUUCAACAAGUUUUCACAUUUUUACCGCAAACAAAAAGCUCUUGAGGCUUCAGUGAGAAAUAGCAACAAGAAGAGGCUUAAGAUGAGACCACACGAAAAGGAUGCAGAAAGACCAAUAGCUGCACACUUUUCGGAAGAUAGCCAGGAUAAUGAUGAAGAUGUGAAUUAUUCGGGAGGAGUUAUGAACUACUGCUAUGAAGAGCAUCUACUGCUAAAUACAGUCUGA